AACUCGUCUUUGGGUCCUCGUGUGGAUCUGCCUUAGCCAAUGUGUUGUUAAGUUAUAUGCCUGUGUGUUUAUUCAGCAGUUGUCCACGCACGCUCUUGUGGCUUAAACGUCUGCUGUCGUGAACUUCGUGUUGGCUUACCACCCUCGGUACAGUGUUCAUCCUGGUGGUCUCGCCUCGUUUCAGCUUCUACGUUGUUCCAGCGCCUGUUCGUGUCGAGAUUGACCGUCAUAACCCAGUUGUCAAGGUGCGGUCUGUUUUAGGCUUCCGGAAGUCCAGGUAUUCAUGUCUUAGUUCGUUACCCAUCACGUCCUUGGGUGUGCUCUUUAUCCCCUGCUCAUCACGUCUUUGGGCCAAGGGGUUCAUUAGUCACGAGUAACUUUACGUGUCACGCUGUUAGCAUGUGUCUAGUCACCACUCGGUACUCUUCACUUUCUAGUCCGAUUCUGUGGUGGCAGUGGUUUUGAUUUCCGGGUUAGUCUUGCUCUGACAGGUGUAUUUCGUUUUUUGGUUGUCCCUUGGGUCAGGAUUUGAUUGUUGUAUAUCUAAUUUCAGAAAUGUCUCACGCAUCAGACAUUGAAGAUGCAGCUUCUGUUCUGGACAAUGUCGCUAGAACAUCGGAUCUGGGUAGCAUCCCAUCUCUUCGUAACUGGACCAUUCCUAAACUGACGGCUGAACUCGUCCGCAAAGGCAUCCCGUUCCCGGCUACUGCCCGCAAGGCGGAACUUUAUCGUUUAUUGGUCUCUGAGCACUCGGGACCCUGCGAUCAAGCAGGCCCUAGCAGUGAAGAAGUGUCCAUGCAGACACUCAAUACGUCCAUCUUGCAGUUGCAUACGUUAAUUAACUCGCUGUGCUCUAGAGUUGAUACCUUGGAAUGUAAGAGUUCGGAGGCUCCCGCUCCGGCCCCAGUGGUGGGUUUGACUUCGGCCAUUCCACACACUUCCGUUCCCCCUCAGGUUUCUGCUACCCCGCAGGCUUCAGUGUUACCGGUUGGACUUAAUAUGCUCGUGCCAAAUGUCGCGCCAGCUCAUUUUAUCCCGACUAAUCUGAAGAAGGACAUUCUUGAUGGUAAGGAUGUUAAUCUCGCUUCCUUGCUUAUUGCGUCUCAUGAUGUUUCCGAGAACAAGACUAUUGCUUGCGGUGAGGUGUCGGUCAUUCUGAAAGCAAAAGAUGUAAGGUUAAGUCGCAAGCUUACAUUAGCUGAAUUCAGUAUGGCGUUCGCCAUUUAUCGUGACGUUUUAUGCUCAGUCAAGCCAGAAAGACGUGAAGAGCUUGACAUGUAUCUGUUCAAAGUCACAGAGUUAGCUCAUAAAUAUGGUGGGUUCACGUUUUAUGAUUAUCAUAAGUCAUUUUCAGCUAAGGCGGCGGCAGCUCUAGUGCAGUACAACUAUACAGUUAAUUGGGCGUUGGUUGACACCGAGAUUUUCUGCAAUCAUUUUGCAGGUCUUAAAGCCCCCGUUUGCUCUCGGUGUCAGUCCAUCGCCCAUACCACUGAAUGGUGCAAUACUGUUAAUUCCUCAUCCGAGGUAAAUCCCGGCACGUCUUCACCCACAUUUCAGCCUAGGAAUCAGAAACACUCGGGCUUGAUUGACAAGUUAGGUAGGCCCAUCAAGUAUCUUGGUAAAUCUCAAAUUUGCAAUAAUUUCAAUUUUGGGUCUUGCAAUUAUAACCAGUGUAGACUUUUACAUGUCUGUGCAUUCUGUUUCAGGGCCCAUCCUAAGGCCAGUUGUCCACAGAAGUCGAAAGCAUGACUAGCAGUGAUAGACGUGUUGUGUUUAGAACAUUUUCUUGCUGAUCAUCCAGAUAGGUGUUUUGUUCAGUUUUUGAUUAAUGGAUUCCGGUCAGGUUUCCACACAGGUUUCAUUACUUUACCCUCUGCUACGUAUGAGUGUGACAAUUUACGUUCUGCUCUAAGGGACCCUAGGGCUGUUGAUACCCUGAUACAAGCUGAAAUAGACAAGGGUUUUGUUAUUGGUCCGUUUGAUGAGCCCCCCUUUGACGUUUGGAGAGUUAGUCCAUUGGGGUUGGUGGCUGGGAAAUUCAGUAAUAAACUUCGUUUAAUUUAUGAUUUGUCCGCCCCUUACUCUGCACACACACCUAGUUUAAACUCUCUUAUUCCCGCUGAAGAGUUCUCUCUGAAAUAUGCUUCCAUAGAUGAGGCAAUAGCGGUCAUACUGAG